GCUGUCCAUUUUCCUUCAGCCCUGUCAUCUCACACUGACACCAAGACAAGAGGCUAGCGGCCUACAAAAUGCCGUCUGGGUGGCUUGUGUGAGUACGGAGGGUAUUGGGGGGGCUUAGCCCCCAAGGAAGAGGACCAGUCCUUCCCCAGCACCACCUCAGGCCUCAGGGUCUCCCUCUUCCCUCCAGAGACCGUGGACUGGUUUAGGGAAUCCCAAACGAUGACAGAAAAGGAGGUGCUGGAGUCCCCUAAGCCCUCCUUCCCAACAGAGACUCCGCAAAGUGGGCUACAGCGGCUGAAGCAGUUAUUCAGGAAGGGGUCUCCAGGGACAAAGGAGAUGGAGCUUCCCCCAGAGCCCCAGGUCAAUGGGGAGGCAGUAGGAGCUGGGGGUGGGCCCAUCUACUACAUCUAUGAGGAAGAGGAGGAGGAAGAAGAAGAGGAGGAGCCACCUCCAGAACCUCCUAAGCUUAUCAAUGACAAGCCCCACAAAUUCAAAGAUCACUUCUUCAAGAAGCCAAAGUUCUGUGAUGUCUGUGCCCGGAUGAUUGUGCUCAAUAACAAAUUUGGGCUCCGCUGUAAGAACUGCAAAACCAACAUCCAUGAACAUUGUCAAUCCUAUGUGGAGAUGCAGAGAUGUUUCGGCAAGAUCCCACCUGGUUUCCGUCGGGCCUAUAGCUCCCCACUCUACAGCAACCAGCAGUAUGCUUGUGUCAAAGAUCUCUCUGCUGCCAAUCGAAAUGAUCCUGUGUUUGAAACUCUGCGCACUGGGGUAAUCAUGGCAAACAAGGAACGGAAGAAGGGCCAGGCAGAUAAAAAAAAUCCUCUAGCGGCCAUGAUGGAGGAAGAGCCAGAGUCUGCCAGGCCAGAAGAAGGCAAACCCCAGGAUGGUAACCCUGAAGGGAACAAGAAGGCUGAGAAAACACCUGAUGACAAACACAAGCAACCUGGCUUCCAGCAGUCUCAUUACUUUGUGGCUCUCUAUCGGUUCAAAGCCCUGGAAAAGGACGAUCUGGAUUUUCCGCCCGGAGAGAAGAUCACAGUCAUUGAUGACUCCAAUGAGGAGUGGUGGCGAGGGAAAAUCGGGGAGAAGGUUGGAUUUUUCCCUCCAAACUUCAUCAUUCGAGUUCGGGCUGGAGAACGCGUGCACCGUGUAACAAGAUCUUUCGUGGGGAACCGCGAGAUAGGGCAGAUCACUCUCAAGAAGGACCAGAUCGUGGUGCAGAAAGGAGACGAAGCCGGCGGCUACGUCAAGGUCUACACCGGUCGCAAGCUCAUCCCAAUGAUAGGUUUCAUUGGCCUGGGCAUGGGCAGUGCUGCACUCUACUUACUGAGACUGGCCCUACGCAGCCCGGACGUAUGCUGGGACCGGAAGAACAACCCAGAACCCUGGAACCGUUUGAGCCCCAAUGACCAAUACAAGUUCCUUGCGGUUUCCACUGACUAUAAGAAGCUGAAGAAGGACCGGCCAGACUUCUAAACAGACUGGGCUCAUGAGUUUGAUGUAAACCACACACUCAUUUCUUCCAUUCCCUGCUCUCAGACCCUGGGGCAUCAGUCUGGCCAUUCUGUCAAGUUCCUGCUUAUACAGGCUGGGUUCCCACGCAAAGAACAACUCCAACCCCCACCAUCCUCCCUCACUCCCAUCAGCGGAAGCGCCUCUGACCCUUGGAUUGAGUCCCACAUGGGGGAGGGGAGUCAGGGCGGCAAGCAGCAGCUGGGUCCAACCCAAAGGGCCCAAGCCAGCCCCUCUGCUCUCCUACCCUGUACUUGCAGGGUGUGGUGCAAGCUACGUGUUAAGCGUGGCCUACGUGAGCCAACAACAAGCAGGGACCUGAGUGCCAAGAGACGUGGCAGGCCCCAUGUUAACCCAGGCUCUGAGUGCCUGCCUAGGGGCGGUGCUGCUCAGGCUCGACUGGGCUCGUCGCCUAUGCCCAGCCUGCUUAGGCUGGGGCACCCAUGCCAUGUUACAUGCUCCUCCCUUGCCCAAGCCUGCUGCCUCCCACACCAAUAGCAACCCCUCCCUGUAAGCACCUGGCCUUCCCCCCAGCAGCUUCCCACUGCUCCUCUCCCCUCCCUUCCCUUGCUC